AUGCUGCUGCCGGGCAACGAGUCCUCCAGGUGGGCUGAGAUCCUGGACUCCAACCGGUCGGACUCGGGCUCCGGGGCGGACGGGCAGGCGGGGCAGGCGGGCCCGGAGGCGGUGAUCGUGCCGGUGGUGUUCGGGCUGAUCUUCCUGCUCGGCGUGGCGGGCAACGCGCUGGUCCUGGUGGUGAUCGGGCGGCUGAAGCCCGGCAGACGCUCCCGGAGCACCACCAACAUCUUCAUAGUGAACCUGAGCGUGGCGGACCUGUCCUUCCUGCUGCUGUGCGUGCCGCUGCACGCCACCAUCUACUCGCUGCCCGAGUGGAUCUUCGGCGCCUUCCUGUGCAAGUUCGGUCACUACUUCGUGACGGUGAGCAUGUUGGUGAGCAUCUUCACCCUGGCGGCCAUGUCCGUGGACCGCUACAUCGCCGUGGUGCGCUCCAACAAGUCCCCGUGCGUGCGGAGCCGCAGGAACGCGCUGGCCGGCGUGUGCGUCAUCUGGACGCUGUCGUUCCUGCUGUCGGUGCCGGUGGCGCAGCACCAGGUGCUCACGAGCCACCCGUCCGCCCCCAACAGCACGUUCUGCUGGGAGAAGUGGAGCGGCGCGUCCCGACACACCUACAGGGUCACCGUGCUGCUGCUGGGCUACCUGCUGCCUCUGCUGCUCAUCACCUGCUGCUACAGCCAGGUGCUGUUCCACCUGCAGAAGAAGAUGAAGAACAUGUCCAAGAAGUCUGAACGCUCUAAGAGAAAGACGGCGCAGACGGUGCUGCUGGUGGUCACGGCCUUCCUCGUCUGCUGGAUGCCCCACCACAUCAUCGCCAUGUGGGUGGAGUUUGGCGACUUCCCGCUGACCGACGCCUCCUUCGCCUUCCGCAUCGUCGCCCACUGUCUGUCCUACAGCAACUCCUGCGUCAACCCCAUCCUGUACGCUUUCCUGUCCGAGAACUUCCGCAAGGCCUGCCGCCAGGUGUGCACCUGCCGCUGCCUGUACCCGCCGCCGCCCACGGGCAAGUCGGUGCGCAUCCGCAUGGAGAACUUCUCCACCACGCACUCCACCACCAACAUCUGA